UUGUUCUGAAGCGUUGUCCUCCCCAAAAAAGGAAUGUACUGUAUUUGAUCGAGGGCGGUAGCCGUAGUUACACGCAAUUACGUCAUAACAGAAAAUGGCUGCGCCCGACGUGUCAGACAAUCUAAAUUUGCUAAACUAGAUUUGCUAAACGGAGGUAACUAGCUGUAUUUUUCGGAUUAGUCAUCUGUACAUGCUUUUGUAUUUUGAUGUCAUAUACCAAUUACAUCUUUUAUCACACAAUAUGAGUUUACUCCGAAUUUGCGGCGCACUAUGUCCGCUUCGUCCGAUCUCCGUCCAGCAAAAAGACGCGUUACUGGGGUCAAAACAUCCAGUCAGCGGCGUGUCUAUCCGACUUGCCCAUAUUUGUUUUGCCGGAUUGGCGAGACGUGUUUAUGCACACCGCGGCCUCUGCACCUCCACUAAGCCCUCCAGAGACGUCACUCUGUUCCAACACGACAGAACGGGCUUCUUCCGCCUCCUCGCUGUCUUCUGCGGGGGCCAAUUUAUCUUCUGGUCGUACCUGGCUCACUUCGCCUACACCGGCCUGAGAGAUACCGGCACCCCUCGGGAGCAGGAGAAAAGAAAAGCUCCCACCAGCACUGCUUUGGCUGGGAUGUGGAGUUUUGAUAUGAACCUGGGAUCCAGCAGCUGGAGGUACGGGUUCACGUUGGGAUGUGUGACAAUAGGAGCGGGCAUACUGGGACUGGGAAUCCUGUUUUGUCGGCGCUCUGUCAGCCAGGUGGUUUUGCACCAAGGCGGAACGAUGGUGUCAGUUACCACACAGUCACCCCUGGGUAUGGGCCACGGCCGGAGAAUAAAGGUCCCGUUGUCCCAGGUCGCCUGUCUCGCCCACAGACAGGAGUCUCCCUCAUUUAUCCCCCUCAAAAUCAAGGGACACAAGUUCUACUUUCUGCUGGACAAAGAUGGCACUAUAAACAAUGCUAAACUUUUUGAUGUAACUGCUGGGGCAUAUCGUCCUCUAUAAGUUGACUUACAUUCAUGCAAAGUGGUGUAAAGAUCCUACUCUUUCUGUGAAAAUUACAAAUAAACACGAGUCACUGUAUUGCCUUAA